UUAUGGUUGCAUGUAACAUUUUUCAAAAAAUUUCAGAUAUCUCUGAAGAUGAAGCAACUUGCUCAUUAUCAGCCAUCAACCUUGAAAAAGAAGUGAAUAUUCACAAUAAUGUCAUCUCCAAGCAAAGAACACCAAGAAAUAGCAAGAAGUAGCAAUAUGAAUUUGAAUGGUUCUAAUUCUUACUCAAACUCAGCAGUUUAUCCAUCAACAUUUUUGAGUGAGAAUGCGAGCAGCAGCAAUGCUCUGCUCAAUGCUGUCCCCUAUGACAUCAGCCAGUGUGGCCAGCAAUAUGUGCUCAACCCAGAUGGUAGUGUGCAGGUGCUCAUGACACUCCAGCAAUAUGAAGAACAGGUGAAAGGUAGCAUCGGCUCUGAAGUCAUCAUCUCACAGGACCAGUGUCAUUACGUCGCUUCCAAUGUCUUCACAUCAGCGUCUGAGUGCAACAUUGGAUCCAUUGCCUCGGAGUCCCAUGCAACUUUAGCUUCUACCACAUCAGGUAGUUACAGUGUUGUCAGUCUACCCAACUCCGGUGUGUCAACUGUCAUGGAGGCUACCAAUUUCGGCAUCAAGAGACAACCUUUAGAUCCAAGCCAGGUUUUGUCAGUGGCCUUGAAUACCGCCCAAGUUUUGCAAACCUCCAACUUGAUGAAUGAUUCCACUUGUACUGACGGGUCCUUGCAAACUUUUGUAGAAGACGUACGUUCGACAGACUCGCACGCAUAUCAGCAUCUCCAAUUGAUGCCAAAUGGACACUUGCAGUCUAAGGGACAGGAAUGUGCAAAUGCUUCACCUCAUGCUGGGCCGUUCAGAUACUCAGUCAGUGAAUUUCCAGCUGUAUGUUCCUCAGCUUUGUAUGGGGUUUCUCAAGCUUCUCUGACAAACGAAGUGCGUAACAAACAAAAUGUGAGUUCGGGAAGUUCCUCAAUUUACUCUCCCAGCAGAAUUGCAUCGUAUACAACGCAACCCACUGCACUUCAAGCGCAUGGCAGCAUCGUACCUUCUCAGUUCAGUAUUGUUCAAGACAGGCCAUUGAGCCACAGUCGCCCGGUUCCAUCCGAGACCGUAACAUCAUAUGUGAAUAUGUCUUCAACUCCCGGCGUAUUUACUACCUCGACUGAGGUCACGAAAAUAAACAAUACCCCGAUAGAAAAACACAAUAUCGACCGUUACGUCAUUCAAGUGGGCAAACCGCGGUCUCCGAUCUCACCGCGUCCAUCGUUUGAAGUAAGCAAUGACGGACACGUUGUGAUCAGGACCGGUAGCACUUGCAUCGAGGAUGGACAAGUUGUGUCUUUUCUUCGACCUCUCCUGCAGACAAACGCCAAUAUUGAUGUGGGUGUUGAAGAUAUCAAAUCAAUGACCACUCACGAAAUGGCCGUAAAUCUUCCAUGUAUUCGGUCUACUGCAGCUUCAACAGAAAAAAGUUAUGCAGGGAAAAGUGGUUUAUCAGCUCAAGAUUCUGUGAAGAAACUUGUGCAGAUAAACUUCCCCCAAACUCAUGCUACCAUUAUGCCAGAUAAUUUGAGCUCUGACACUACUCGUGCGUCGGUCAUUCCUGAUUACAACGGCACAAUCUUCGAAUGUUCAAACUGCAAAAGCAAGUUUUUGCGAUCAACUAAUCUCAAGGCACACAAACGCAGCUGCCGGAAGCCUGAAGUGAAGACGUCCGAGAAAAUGCCGCUGCUGAUGUGCUCCUUUUGUAAGGAGACGUUCAAAACUAAACCCCAAAUCUGCCAUCACCUGACGGUGUGCAACCACAGCCCCCUUGCUAGUUCCUCGACCAGUAGCAGUGACCCUGACCAUCGUGCCGCCAAGCGAGUCAAGCUCUCGCUCGAUGCGCUCAUGGAACAAGGAGUCCAGUACCGCUGUCUCGACUGCGACCGAACGUUCAACAAGCAGCGUCAGUACAGCAGUCACAUCAAACGUUGCACUCAGACGUCCGUACAGGACAUGACACACCACACGCGAGCUACCGACAACAUCAUCCCUCUUCCCUCGUUUGACGGCGUUCACGAGGCUGUAGACGACCCGUUCGCUGACCCCGUGCCCGUGGCGCCCGUGGUCGUCGCGUCGCCGGCCACCAACAGACGCGGGUACCCCCGGAGGCGCGGGGGGCGGCGCCCUAACAUGACGCACGUUGGGAGCGCUUCUUCUGCUGCUCAUAACGGCGCCGACACCAGCUCUCCGCAACUUUUCAAUGCUGCGGCCAUCAGUCCAGGUGCGGUGACCAGCGUGAUUGUGACUGAUACUUGUGGUCUGGUGCGCUCUAACGCAGGCCUCACACAUGCUCUGCAACUCAGCCUUGACGCAGCACCUCAAACUCAGCUUGAAAACCGUAACUCCUCGAGAGUAGCACAAGUUCAGAUGUCUAUUGGGAACCAGCAAGAUGCAGCCGUAGGCUGUCAUGCCGCGCCUGCUUCCUCGGCAGAUUGUCACGCUGGUAAUGAAGCUGUCACCACUCCCAGGGCUAUCAUCACCAAUUCAACGGGCGUGGUGAGCAAGUCGCGCGUGCCGGAGGCGUGGUCGUUGGUGUGCGGGCUCUGUGAGAAGCUCUUCCUGACGCGUGCCGCUCUCGCCGUCCAUGUCGUCUCCGUUCACGGGCCUGACCUGCGACACGCGCGUGACUCCCUCACCGCUGCGCUCCCGCUGCCCUUCAAAUGUCCAGUAUGUUAUCUGCACUACAGCAGUGGUGAAGAACUAAUCGAACACAUGGUCCUGCAGCAUGCUCAGCACCUGCAGUCGGCGCACGCCGCUGCCACUGCUAAACAGAAGUGUGUUGUGUGCAGCGUUUGCUCCUUGGUGCUGGCCACUCGCACCAUGCUGCUGGAGCACAUGGCGCUCGCCCACAUGGAGGAGAUUUCUCGCCUCGCGUCGUCGCAUUUAUCGAGUCAUGCGCCCAUUGGUCUUACCAAGUCCAACAUUAGCAAACCUCGCAGCCUGGCCUCGUCGCUCGUAGUCCCUCGACCAAAUGAGAAUUCUGUGAUAAAAGUCGAUGGAAAUCGGACUGAAAUGAAUGCUAGUUGCCUUGCCGAUACCAAAGAAAACACACAGAACACUUCGUCAUCAUGUGAUGUUCGAGAAGUACUACCAACAACGACUAGUAUAAUCCAAACCACGUCCAACUUUGCCAGAGCUUCGCCUGUCUCGUCUCUUUCAUAUCCCCUCUUACCGUCUGAAAAUCCUGAUGCAGCCUUUGGAGCUAGUAGAAAUUCUGAACAGAUUUCUCGUAGGUCUUCUGACUGUUCAUCAGCUGGGAAUUCUUCGGCUGUGGUUUCGUCUUCUCUGGAGCUUUCCACUUCAAGUGAAUCUCGUGACACCACCUACCAUUCAUUCCAAGAUACCUCCGUUCUAGAACACCGUUCUGACGUUUAUAUUAAAGACGAUGCCAUCAAUAGUUCAGUUCAGAAAGCUUCAGGUGCAGACAGAUUUACGUCGAAAAACCAUCUCGGUGAUUCCUUGGACCACAGAGGAGUUAAUGCUUCAUCACUGAGUCGUACUGGAAACAGUCAAUUGCCUGUUCAAAGAGAAUCUUCUAGUCAAAAUAAUUGUGUAGAUACGUACGAAGAGAAGCGAUGCAGUUACAUGAAGCCUAGCAAGUCUAAAAACAAUGUGCUAAAGAACGAUGCCCCUCCCAGUCUCGAGUGUGGUGUGUGCGCGGAGCUUCAAGAGACUCAACAGAAACUCAUACAGCACUACGCAGAGCAGCACGGCGUGCAGCGAGAUGCUGAUGGUUGCCUUCUUGAUCUCGGAGUUCCCAUUGACAUCAAAAUCAAGGACACGGCGACACUUUUCUCGUCUCCUGAGUCUCACCGACGCCAGCUGCCCCAGAAGACUGUCUUGAUGAGACCCAAGCCUCCCGUUACUUGCGUUUGUAAGGAGUGCGGAGCUAAAGUGUGUGGAGAGUCGCUAAGUUCUCACCUGCGGAUGUCGUGCAGCAAGUUCUCUGGUGAGCCAUACGUGUGCGAGCAUCCUGCGUGCGCCGACUGCCUCCAUGACGCCACCUUCACGCAGGCAAGCGAUUUGUUCGACCACGAAAGCUCGAGUCAUCCUGAACGUUGUUGUGAUGUGAUACGCCGCAACUUCCCCUCGCUUGCCGCCUGCCAGACUUUUGUGAGCGAAGAGGAACAACGUCUAGGGUCAAAGUUCGAGGAUCACCAGACUUCCUCGAGCGCCUCUGGCAGAGUCAACACGGCUCUUUUUGAGUAUAGGAUCUGCGAAUAUUAUUCUCAGCCCUAUACGGAAGAUUUACUAGAGUCAGGCGAAGACUUGUCGUGUGGCUACGUGAGGAUCCGUUCUAAUAACAGAUGCAUGGCGCGGCUGCAUCUGCGGGUUCAGUUCAACAAGAAGACUGGAGAAGCUAACGGUGAGACGUUACUGUCGUACUGGCCUCGGCAUAGUCACAAUGUUGGAGAGGCAAGGCCUCGAAGAAAAGUCAAUUCUCGUCGACAAAUAUUUGGUGCCUUGCCACAAUCGAGACCUUCCACGGAUAAUAAAUUAGCGUCUAAUCAAGAAUCACUGGCGAAAAUUUCUCCUCCUUCUAACAAAAGAUUUGCAGAUUUAGGCGACUUGAAAAAUGCAAAAGAUACUUGUUCAAACGAGAGUUCGUCGUUCUCAAGUGUGAGUUACGUUGCAGACGGUGUAAAUAGUUACUCUUCUUCAUCAUCAACUCCUUCAAGUGUUGAACGAUACAGGAUUGUUGAUCAGGCUAUUGAUGGUGGAUCUUACGGGAAACAAGUAUUAGUUUCAGCAUCCAGUUUUGAAACGAUGGACUUCACUAUGGCUGAUGAUAAAUCAGUUAUUAGAAGUAAUGAACAAUACCAAAUUAUUAACACGUCUGAUGCAAUGAUAGGGUCUCAACAUGGCACUAUGAGUUCCGUGUUAGCGGGCGAGGGCCAUAAACAAAACGUAUUAAUGGUGCCUUGUAGUGACGGCAGCUAUGAGGUACAAAACCAGGGCAUGUUCAUAGCUGAUUGUGAUGAGGGCGACAUAAUGAUGCACAACACGGAAGGAGAAACAAUGGAAGAAUCUUCUGAUGAAUACGUACUACCUGCAGAUGAGAAUGAAUGGGAAAAACUCUUCCAUCAUUUGGCCGAGCGCCUUCAAAGUGACAGCGCUGAUGAAAGCAGCUUGUCGCUCCAGGACCGCGCUGAGGCACGAGAGAUGAUGCGCUUUAGAGGCAUCAUUACGCACGUUUCCACGAUACAACAAGUAAACGUCUUCCAGAAGCUAUGCAUACUUACCAACACACGCAUAUAAAAGCGCUAAGUAAUUGCAUUGGCUAGCCGAAAAUUACCAAGGGCAUCGAUUUUUAUUAUGGAUUCCGUCCGCAGCGUUUGAAAUAUAAAUUUUCUUCUAAGUUUCUUAUGUUUGAAUUACAAUGAACUUUUGACGGGAAUGAUGUACCAUAGAAACAUCCAUUUUGUUAAGUUAUCCAAGCGUGUAAAUUCAACUGAUAAGUAAUAAGAGUGUGGCAUAUUUAAGUAGAAUGCUUUGCUGUGACGUAACUAUAAUUCUUAAGUGGUUGCGUUGAAAGUGACGAUAGUCUUAAAGACAACCGUUGGGCAAACAUAGCGAGUCUUAUUUUUGAAUGUGCUCUUACAUUUUCAAAUUGAAGUAAUUAUCUGGAAAAUUUUUCUGAGGAACACUUAUUUUCACCUGUAUGAGAAUAUUUUGAGGUACGAGUAUCUAUUUUGAUUCUAUAAUAAUUAGCGCAGGCUGUUCUUAUCAAAUUUGACGGAAGUACAAGUAAGUCAUUGUUGACGAAGCUAUAGUAUUGCACCUGAUGAAGAACGAACUUCCAAUUCAAAUUUUGAGUUACUUGUUUGUAUUUAAUGUGUUCGGAUUUUUUAAUAGGCUCACGCUAAAUAUUUUUGUUCGGUUGCAAAGAGCUGUUUGGAUGAAGUUUUCUUUUUAUAUUUGAGGAUUGAUGUUAAAUAUAAAAAUCAUGAGGAUAUUAUUUUAUAUUUACAGUGCAGUAGCAAACACAUUCGACAAUUGAGAAAUAAUAAUUUACCGGGUAGUACUUAUCGAAACCUUCUAAUUCUGAGGUUGCAAACUAUUACAAUAUAAGGUGGAUGAAGAUUAAACUUAUCUAUUGAUCUUU